CUCUCUCUAGAGCCUCUUCCCUGCUUUCAAAACCAAAUCUCCGUUUCUGUUGUUCUUGAUUUGCUCUUCUCCAAUUUCCUUCUCAAAACCCUAACUUUAACCCUAACCCUAGCCCUCUUGCUAUAACUCCAAUAUCCCAUAUCUUAUCUUUGUACCUCUCCACCUCCGGUCCUUAUGACCGGGAUAUAAUACUUUUCCGGCGAGUACAGCUCUCAUUCCGGCGAUCCGGGUGUACGGAUAAGAUUCGUGAGGGAAGCGAAGGAUGCCGUCCCAGGCGGAUCUGGACCGUCAGAUCGAGCACUUGAUGGAGUGCAAGCCGUUGCCGGAGGCGGAGGUCAAGGCUUUAUGCGAGCAGGCUAAGUCAGUUUUGGUCGAGGAAUGGAAUGUGCAGCCGGUGAAGUGUCCGGUCACGGUGUGCGGAGAUAUUCAUGGGCAGUUCCACGAUCUCAUCGAGCUGUUCCGGAUCGGAGGGAAAGCUCCCGAAACCAAUUAUCUCUUUAUGGGAGAUUAUGUGGAUCGAGGAUACUACUCAGUGGAGACUGUUUCGCUUUUAGUAUCCCUGAAAGUUCGAUAUAGAGAUAGAAUUACAAUUCUGAGAGGAAAUCAUGAGAGCCGGCAAAUAACUCAAGUGUAUGGUUUUUAUGAUGAAUGCUUGAGAAAAUAUGGGAAUGCAAAUGUCUGGAAAUAUUUCACCGACCUUUUUGAUUAUCUACCUCUUACAGCUCUUAUUGAGAGCCAGGUCUUCUGCUUGCAUGGUGGACUCUCCCCAUCAUUGGAUACAUUAGAUAAUAUACGUGCAUUGGACCGGAUACAGGAGGUUCCUCAUGAGGGCCCAAUGUGUGAUCUUUUGUGGUCUGAUCCUGAUGACCGAUGUGGGUGGGGAAUUUCCCCUAGGGGAGCUGGAUACACCUUUGGCCAGGAUAUAGCUUCACAGUUUAACCACACGAAUGGGCUUACUCUUAUUUCUAGAGCUCACCAGCUUGUUAUGGAAGGUUACAAUUGGUGUCAGGAGAAGAAUGUCGUGACAGUGUUCAGUGCACCGAAUUACUGCUAUCGAUGUGGAAAUAUGGCAGCAAUUCUUGAGAUUGGCGAGAAUAUGGAUCAGAAUUUCCUUCAAUUUGACCCAGCACCUCGACAGAUUGAACCUGACACCACACGCAAAACUCCUGACUAUUUUUUGUAAUCUCCAUGAACUUACCACGAAUCAAUUAUUCUUAUUUCAUGUUGUGUUUUUGUAGAUGUGUCUUAGAAAAAGAACAAUUUUCGUGUUUUAAUUGAGGGAGAGAACGAAGGUUAAUAUUAUCUAUUAUCAUCAUUCUUUUGUUUGGAAUCAACCUACUGCUGCAUCCAAGCAAGUUUCAGGAAUCAAAUGCAGAAGUUUUUGGCAGGUUUUGAUACUGUAUUCUAGAGAUUGAGGGGAACAGCAACUGGAUAUUUUUUGUGUUAUCCUUGGGCAAACAAACCUGUGGAGGUUGUCUCUUCAUCUUUUUCUCACAUUUUGUCAAAUUAAAGUGGGAUCCACUGAUUGAGUAUUUUUCUCUUGGUCAACUUCUUUUUCUUUGUAUAUUUAGACUCAGCAUUUUGGUUGUUGAACUUAAAUUUAAUUGACUAGGUCAGCUAUUAAUGCUGUCUUCAGC